AUGGCGCACAGUAAAAAGGAGAUCAAGUACGGGACGGCUCAGGCGAAGGUAUCGGAGGACGAGGCGGUUCGGGUGGCCUACAAGCACGGCACUCCCUUGGAGACUGGUAAGAUCGCCGACUCCUGCCCAGUCGACCUCUUCGUCCAGGCUCCCCGCAUGGCCGCCGCCGCCCGCGACAACACCGAUUCCUCUAAGCCUCCCGCCACGGAUAGGGAUGUUGAUUCCAAACCAGAACAAGCUGGUCAAGAGUAA